AUGGAGCGCGAUCAAGAAAAAACAGAGGACCUUUUCGACCGGGAAAACCGCCUCACAGCCUCCCUCCUCCGCACCUUCCAAUCCCUCCUUCACCACGGCGCCUCGCGCGUCGACAACACCGCCAGCGUAGGCCAAGCAGCCUACAACGCCAUGGCGACCGAUAUCCUGAUGAACGGCAUGAUCAAGUCCGUCGAAGAACUGUUGUCUUUGACGCGCACGAUGAGGGAACUUUGGGUG